ACAUUUCAGUGAUUCUGCAAAAGAAAAUCAAAAAAAUCAGAUAGCCAUGGCGGGGAUUGCAACCGUCACAUUUUCCUCCGGCUUCGCCAACGCCCCGCGGCUCCUCCAUCUCCGGCAGCAAUUUUUGGGAGCUUCUCUGUCCUUUUUAUACAAGCAGAGCUUUUCAAUGAUGGGUUUUAAUGGCCAGCUGCGGCAGAAGCGUCCAAAUUUUGCAAGAAAACUGGUUAUCAAAGCAGCAAGAACUGAGUCCAAAGGCGUCGAACUCGGUUCCAGAGCUCCCCAUUUCGAGCUUCCGGAGCCGCUUACCGGGAAAACAUGGACUUUAGAAGAUUUUGAAGCUUAUCCUGCUCUUUUGGUUAUAUUUAUUUGCAAUCAUUGCCCAUUCGUUAUCCACUUAAAAAAGGAUAUUGUGAAGCUUGCCAAUUUUUAUAUGAAGAAAGGACUUGCAGUUGUAGCGAUUUCGUCAAAUUCUGCAGUUACUCACCCACAGGAUGGACCUAAUUUCAUGGCGGAAGAAGCUAGACUGUUAAAUUAUCCUUUCCCAUAUCUUUAUGAUGAGACGCAAGAAGUUGCCAAAGAUUUUGGUGCUGUUUGCACACCGGAAUUCUUCCUUUUCAAAAAGGAUGGCCGUAGGCCAUUUGAGCUAGUUUAUCACGGACAGUUUGAUGAUUCAAGGCCAAGUAAUAAUGUGCCAGUUACAGGAAGAGACUUGAGCUUGGCAAUAGAUUGUGUUCUUAGCGGUCAACCUGUGCCAUCAGUUCAAAAACCAAGUAUUGGUUGUAGUAUAAAGUGGCAUCCAGGUAGGAAGCUGUGAUAGAGGAAGCUAAAUUUAGCCGUGGCAAGGUGAAUUUCAAGCAUGCUAGAAUCAGGGAGUUAUUACUCCGAGGAGGGUCUGAAGAAUUUGCUGUCACAUGUCUUUUGUUUUAACCUCACUAUCACAUGUGGAAAAGGAAAGCAUAUUUAAGACGACGUAAGUGUAUCUUUACUCAUCUUUGAUGAAAGCAGUGUUGGAAAAAGUUGGUAGGGAAUGUUGGUCCAUUUGCUUACCUCUUAUGUAAGUUCCAUCUGCUUCCUGCCAACCAAUUCCUCGUCCCUUUUAUUUCUUCUAGAAAACAUCCCAUGGGAUUGAAAGCUACUUUUCAAUUCCUUGGUCUCAUCAUGAACUGUCCAUCUGAUAAUUGGUACAUGUUUGAAAGUUUUCUUUUUUCUUUUUUUUCUUUUCAUGGUUAAUUUAUGGAAGAUGGUUUGUAACUGAUAGAAACUUUUACUCUUUUACUGAAUCAUUAUACAUUUUUGGUUCCCUAGAGAUGACAUGGUUUAAAAAUUCAUAAGCUGAUCCUAGUACUAAACUGACAGUAAAGAAUAGGAAUUAUGGCCUUUACAGAAUCUCAUUAUGUGGAAAUAGUUAUGCAUCAGCGGUAUUUUAUGUUCCUCCAAUUACAAUCUUGUUGGAGGAAAGAUCAUAACUGCAGGAAUGAAUUCAAACCAAAAAGUGGUUGUAUACAAGGCAAUAAACUCCUUUGAAUAUUAUCAAUCUAUACAGCUAAUUUGCUACUGGAAAAGAAAUGAUGGAACAAAAGAACAGGGCCUAACUGUGGAGUACUUAUUCUGAUUGCUGGGAAGGUGAUCUAAUUAGAGGUUCGGAAGAUCUUGAGAAGCUAGAACAAUGAAUAGCUGCUUUACUGUUACAAAUGUGGCCCUUUUGAAGUGAUUCUGGUUUCUCAAUGUCCUCGUUUUCAUGCUUGAUUUCUCUUAGCAUUGCUGCAACGUCCUUCAUUGUAGGUCUAUCAUUGGGGCUAGGAUUUACACAAAGUAGGGCCACCCCAAGAACUUGAAACAUCUCAGAUGUUCGUGUUCCUGAAAGUACUAGUAACUGUUGAUCAAGAAUUGAUGUGAACUCAGAAUGUUUAAUUCUCAGCUCGUGGUUUACCCAAGUGACUAUGUGGGCACCAUCUGGAAUCCUGGGAUCAUUUGGUUCCCUUCCUGUUAGGACUUCAAGCAGCACUAUGCCAUAACUGUAGACAUCACUUUUCUCUGUAAUUCUCAUACUAUAUCCAUAUUCUGCAAUGUGGGAGAUACCAUAGUAAGAAUUUAUGUGGAAACAAUCUGAUUACCAUAACAAAUUAGAAAGUUUCAGUUUCUAGAGGAAUAUUUUGAUAUAUGAAUAACUGUUGGGGGUAAUUCACCUCUUCUGGAAAGGAAGAUAGUGACUUUAUGGUGUAAAUUCUGAAAACAAGUUCAAUGCUGAAGCACAUUUUGGAAAAAGUUUGUAUGGGUUGGAAAGCUCAUGGAGUUUAUGGAGUUUUUGGUGCAUUCAGUAAUUGAUACUGCUUAGUACAUUGUGAAGUUUGGUGAAGUUUGUUGCACCAAUAGAGCACUGAAGUUUGAAGUGUAAUACUCACCUGGAGCCAUGUAGCCAUAAGAACCUGCUACGACAUUGGAAGCUCUUGCAUAAUCAGCACAAUCUACAAGUUUUGCGAGCCCAAAAUCAGCUAGGAAAGAUUCAAACUGUGGACCAACAAGAAUAUUGUUGGUCUUUAUGUCACGAUGAAUGAUUGGAGGAAUGCAGUCAUGGUGCAGAUAAGCCAAGCCAUCAGCUGCUCCAAGAAUGAUCUUAUACCGGGCUUCCCAGUCCAAGUAUAUCAUCUUAUGGUGAAUCACUUCAGACAAGCUCCCAUUACUGAUGAAGUCAAGCAAUAGAAGUCUAGUUUUUCCAUUGUUGCAGCAGCCAAGAAGCCUCACUAUAUUUUUGUGCCUAAUUGAUCCCAAGGUUCGUACUUCUGCAGAAAAUGAGUCUCUUUGAGAAAUCUCUUCAUUCUUCUUUGGCCACAGUUUCUUCACUGCAAUUACCUGUUGGUGUGCUGGUGUCUCCACCCUGUAGACAACUCCUGAUCCACCCUUUCCCACAAUGUUUGAUUCAGAAAGCUUGGGCAAAAUGUCAUUCACUGAGAAAUCCAGCUUCUGAAAUGGGGUGAAGCUCCAUUGCAGGCUGUUUUCUUCGUCAUUUCUAUUGAGCUUGUCUUCACGAGCUUUAAUAUAGAAGAUUACCCCGAAUGUGAAGACUCCGACAGUCACAAGAACACUUAUUACAACAAAGAUAAUGAGGUUCCUGAUGGUUUUGCUCUUAUCGUGCUCGCUGAAGUGACAUUGAGCUCUGUUAAUGCAGAGCUGUUGGUUACCAACAAAUGAAGCAAUUGGAAUGUCGUGAAAGAGCUUCGUAUUGGGGAGAAUGCCCGAGAACUUAUUGUACGAAACAUUCAGGGACAUAAGAUUGUCAAGGUUGCUUAGUACUGUCAGACUCCCUGUCAACAUAUUGUGGGAAAGGUCCAUGUUUGCUAGCUUUGAAAAAUUAGAAAAGCUUUCUGGAAGAGGUCCUGUUAAAAAGUUCCAGCUCAAGUUUAGUAGAAUAUCCAACCCUUGCAGCCGCCCUAUUUCAUCUGGGAUCUGACCAUUAAUACCGUUGCUGCUUACAUCCAACAACUGCAAAUCCUUACAGAAGCCUAGUGAUUUUGGUAUACUCCCAUUGAGGUUAUUUCGAUUCAGUACAAGUUUGUUUAAUGAUGUGAGCUUGCCCAAGUCUUCUGGAAUACGUCCUGAUAAUCUAUUCAGUGAAAGAUCCAAAACAUUCAGCUCCAUAAGGUUGACAAAAGAGAGAGGAAUGGUGCUUUCAAGCUGAUUUGAGUGCAAGUCAAUCAGUUCCAACUCCUUGCAGUUGCCAAUAUCAGGGGGUAUAGCUCCAUCAAAUUGAUUUUCUGAUAACUCGAGGAAAGUCAAGUUUUGCAACAACCCAAUCUCUGAAGGAAUUUGACCAUCGAACAUAUUUGAUCCCAUCCUUAAUCUGCUGAGACUGGUACAAUUUCCAAUAUCUGGCGGAAUCCCUCCAGAAAGCUUGUUGGAGAGUAGCAGCAGCUUGGAUAAGUUCCUGAGAUUAUACAGAUUCUUUGGAACUGAUCCAGUUAGGCUAUUGUGGGAGAGAUCCAAAGCCUGAAGCUUUUGACAGUUGGCCACUUCAGCUGGUAUGCUUCCAUUAAGCUGAUUUUCCCAGGCGAAAAACAGUGUUAGCUCCUUCAAAUUCCCUAUCGUGCUUGGAAUCUCUCCGGUAAAAUUGUUGUUAUCCAAUUCUAGUUGCCUCAACCGAGAAAAGUUGCCAAUAUACUGAGGAAUGAUCCCAGAGAUGUAGUUAUCAGACAAUAGGAGCUCCUCCAGAAGGCCUAAAUUUUGAAGAGAAGCUGGCAGUUCUCCACUCAGAAAAUUCAAGGACAAGUCCAUAACAAUCAAGCUUGAUGUGUUUCCAAGAUCUUCAGGUAUAGUGCCUCUCAGGUUGUUCUGCCACAACAACAAUCUUUUUAGAUUCUUAAGAAAUCCCAACCCAACAGGAAUUUCUCCAGAGAUUUGAUUCUCAUAAAUGAAAAGAUUCUCUAAUGCGGUGCAGUUACUAAUUCCUUGUGGGAUUUCACCCGUAAGAUUUGCUGUAUAAACUGAAAGUGUCCUGAGAUUCUUCAGUUCUCCAAUGCUACCUGGAAUCUGGCCUGAAAUACCCGUUUCUGCAAGACCGAAAAAAGUUAGCUGUUUGCAGUUUGAUAUUUGCAUGGGAAUUUCCCCAUGAAUUCCUAUGUUCCCGCCGGCACGAAAGAUUUCCAGGCUCCAUAAAAGGCUGAUUCCCAUUGGAAGCACUCCAGAGAGCUGGUUAUCAAACAGUUCAAGCUGCCUGAGUUGUGAACAGUUUCCGAUUUCUUCAGGCAUUUCACCACCCAAAGAAUUCGAGCUCAAAGACAGUACUUCCAAGUUGGAUAACAUUCCAAUCUCACGUGGUAUGAUCCCUGUUAGAGCAUUGAAACUGAGAUCCAAUCUCACCAGUGAUGACAGAUUUCCAAGGCCUGGAGGAAUUUCUCCGGUGAGGUUUCCAUCGGAUAAUACAAGGACAGUUAGGAACUUAAAGGAAAGCAAUUGGGUAGGAAAUGUAGUUGGAAGAUGGAUAGACGUGAUAGUGAGUUCCGAAACAAAACCACUUGUGGUGCAUCUGAUGUAGUCCCAUUGGCAUGGAUUUUGGUGGGAUUCAUCCCAUGAAGAAAAGAAAGAUGCAGAAGAAGAGGAGUUGAAGGUUGAAAGCCAAGACAAAAGAGAUUGGCCUUCUUGAUUCAAACCAAAAAUUCCAUGGAUUAGUAAUGGAACAGUACUGAGAAACAGAAGGAUGAUGGUUAUCUCUUUGCUAGAUGGCAACAUGAUCACAAUGCUGCUGUUGUUGUACUCUUCUUCAGAUAUUCAUUUGCAGGUUAUUCUGGUUCUUAGUACUGCAUUUACUGAAGGAAUAUUGCAAUAUUGCUAUAUCUGUCAUGGUUUUAGCAGCUCUGCAACAAAUGGAUAGGGCCCUUUUGGUUUCUUCAAGAAGUACUAUAUGAAUAAACUCCAAAGUGCCCUACAAAGUUUUCUUUUUCUGAAUCAGGAGAUGAAAGAAAUUCUCUUCCACACAGAUUUUGUCAAGGAUCUAUCAGCAACAGUGCAUGUGUCUGUGUGUGUUUUUAUGUGUGUGUGUGUGUGAGAGAGAGAGAGAGAGAGAGCGAGAUUAACUGUUCAUCUUUGAUGCAAUAUUGAUGUGGAAAGAUAUUGUAGUGCAUGAAUACCUUAGGGGAUGUCCCA